AUGAGUUCAACUGCUAUAACUACCGCAAUAAUGUAUGAAGAAGAUGACAACUGUGAAAAAUAUGAAGACACACCGUUAGCGAAAUGGAUAUCACGUAUUUUCAAAGACCCAGGCAAUUGUGAAGAUUGUAACGAACCCGAACUACAACCGUUCUGGUGUCACAAUUGUAACUCGGAACGAUUCACUAGGAAUUUCAACAGUUGGACUAGUGGACAUCGAACACUUGAUUAUUUGAUAAGCGAAGUGCAACUGGCAGCCGUUUAUUUCUCACAAGUGAUCGAAUGGAUUCCGUAUGAUCGAUUUAGAAAUGUCUCGUUUAUCGGAUCUGGUGGUUAUGCCAAUACUCAUAAAGCUAUUUGGCUUGAUGGACCUAUUUUGUCGUGGGAUUCUAGAAAGAAACAAUGGUAUCGAGCCAAAAAUUGUUCGGUUGCUUUAAAAGUUAUGCAUCAUACCAGAUCAAAUAUUAGUGAUGAUUUUAUCAAAGAGUAUGAGUUGUGGGGCGAAGAGCAUUAUGCUAAUUUGGAAAAUGAACAACGACAUUAUUCUUCUUCUGAAGGAGCAAGUAAUAGCGGUGGCGGUGGCGGAGUUAAUCAUCCCGAAGCUAUUUAUACUAGUCGCACAUUACCAAUCAUUACCCCAAAAUUAAUGAAUAAAUCUUGGGUUUAA